AUGCAGGACGACAAAGAUGCCAAGUUCCUGUGCUCAUUCCUUCCGGCAGAGCAAGGAGGGGAGAAUAGCAAGCUGCUCUUGGGCAAGAGCCCUUUUCACUUUUCUCCAGACUCCUCUUUUCCCCUUCUCUGCUCAGCUGACAUGGAGAAGCUUGUGCACCUCAUCUUCUUGGUCUUCUUGCCAGCAUUUUGCGGUGCAGAGAACAUCACCGUGGUGUACGGAAUGGAGGGGGGCACCAUUUCUGUCAACUGUACCUAUAAUCCCUGGCAGCAGCGGUGGAGAGAAAAAAGUUGGUGCAAGCAGAUUGAUGAGACCAAGUGUCAACAUGUGGUGAGCGCCCGACGCUUCUGGCUGCCAUUCCUAAAGAACAGGAAUGGCACCACCUCCAUCAGGGACAAUGUCCAUGAAGGAGUCGUGACGGUGACCAUGAAGCAACUCAAGAAGCAGGAUGCUGGGUUGUACCAGUGCAAAACUGAUUUCCUGGGGGAAACAAACAGCUUAAGGAAGGUGCAGGUGGAAGUGCUGACAGCUGUCCUGGACACUCAGGUGCCAGAGGAGCCCCGUGCUGUGCAGAGCAUCUCCAGCAUCCCUCCUGAAGCUGAUUUCACUGUCUUCUAUAUCAUCGCUGGGAUGCUGGUUACUAAGUUCCUGGUGGCUGUGCUGAUCUUUAUCAUGGGCAACAUUUGGAAGAGCAGAGAAACAGAGCAGAAGAUCCCAGACUUGAACGAGCAGCAGGCCCUCUCUUUCACUGGUGACCUCACACGUGAUGGAAUCAGCUUUGCCUGGGAGAGCACCGCUUAGGGCCAAACCAAAAGGAAUCCACAGGAAAAUGAAUAUCAGGUAUUUGCAUGCAGUUGUGCCACCUGCCGCAAGAAGAGGAUCACCUACUAAACAUAGGUAUUGAUGAACCUAUCCAUCUAGAGAGGGAACAUCACUGUCUACCACCUCUUCUCAUUGGCGAUGACCAACUUUUCCCAACGCAACUGAACUGAAAAGAUGCUGCCAGUAAUACCUGAUCCUAAUGGAAGAUGAUGGGAUUGAGGGUGAGGGGAAGAGGAGGAAUAUGAAGUCUUUCUGUCAAGAGAUCCAGCACAGACUUUGUGCAGAGAUGCUUCCCCAGGCACAGUAAAGCUGAGAGAGCUCUGCUCAGUUUUCGGCCAGCUCAUUGCUAAGCCAGAAAAAACUUUGCUGCUCCAUACAGCUACUGGGAAAUGCCUUGUUGUAAGUAAAACUACCAGUUAACAUAAAUAGAACUUCAGGUAACACAUCUCAGCGAGCUUGUGUUGAACAACUCAGAAACACAACCACAUAAUGUAAAAACGGAAAGAAUGUUCUGUCUUAAAUCUCCAAGAAACUUCUUAUUCUCUGAAGAUUAAUGUUUAAGGAGUAAGAACUUUUUUCAAGGUGUACCACACAUCUCUGCAAAACACUCAAAUGCUUCCCCCAAACCAUGAAGUAUAACCAGAACUUGAUAGUUUAUAUUGAAAGCUAAUAUUUCGUCUGGAAAUCAGCUUUUUAACUCAUAAUCCACCCUCUAAAGAUUUUGACACACUUUUGGCAAUGCAAUGCUCUGCUAUGUCUCCAGUAGCAGCACCAUGCCACCAGGCAGUCACUCCAACUCAUGCCCAGCAUCAUCCCACCAGGGUCUGAACUUGGACCCACCAGCUUCACGGCAUCUCGGAGCAGUGCCAUGUGAGAUUCUGUGUUUGCAAGCUGAUGGAGGCUAAGUCCCAAAGACUGCCUUGGACAGCGUGGAUCCUUCAAUAGUCACUGUGGAAAGGUGUAAGGAACUGCAGAAAAGAAAAGGAUGUGCGGUCUACACCCAGCUCUGAGCCCGCUUCCUUAUUUCUCAAAUGAUUUUGCAAGCAAAGACUGAACUGUCUCUCUGCAGAUCUCUCUGUAUUUUUUCUACCCUGUUGGGGAUGUUACCAACACGUGAUCAUUGUUCAACACUCCCUAAAGUGAAGCUGUUCUCCCAGGAAGAUCCCAAACCCAAGAGCAUUCAUUCACAACACUUCUUUUCCUCACACAACUUGCAGCGCUCAAUAAAA